AAAAAUAAAAAAAUCCAGAAGACAAGCAAAGAAAAACAAAAAAACUAGUAGUAUAAAAGUCGCUCUUUUGCUCCUCUCUCUCUCUCUCUCUCUCUCUGUCUAUUUCUGUGUCUUAGAUUCUGAAACUUCUAAACAAAGCAAAAAGAAAAAAACCCUGAUACCAAAGACCAUAACAAAACCAGCCGCGUUUUAUGAUUGCUUGAGCUUUGAGCUCCAUUUUGGCAAAAAGCUGGUGCUUCCGCUUCCCUGAACCCAAAUAUUCUCCCCUGCUGCCUCGCCGCCCAAUGUCGCCGGCGACGGUGGAUAUCCGAUCUCCGAUCAACCCUUCGCACUCCAAGGCUUCCUCUCUGCAAAACCCUAAUUCCAUUUACCACACUCACGCGAGCUCGCCAUUCAAUUUUGCUUCUUUAUCUCCGGGUUUUGCUGUUGCGGGUCAGUGUGGUACGGAUCCUUCUUCUUCUUUCCCUCGGUCAGGGGCGGUGGCAUCGGGACGGUCGCGUCCCAGGCUUACGAAGGUGAGGAAGCAGUUGGGUGGGAGGUCCAGAACUACUUCCAGUGAGCUCGGUUCAGGUUUCAACCCGUUUUGUUCGGUAAACGAUGGUAACAGUGCGUCGAGUGGUGGUAAUGGGAAUGUGGGUUUUGUGUUUGGAGCUAAUCAGAGUGGUUCCCAUGAGAAAAUUUGGGUGAAUGGGGAGACACAAUCUAGUGUGAAUGUGGGGAAGUUGAGCUCCGAUGAGAGUAGAAAGUGCAAUAUUGGGAAUGGAACAGAGUCUGCGAAGAUUGGGAAUGUCGGUUUUGUGUUUGGCGCUAGGGAAAAUGCUCCGGAAUUAAAUAUGUGUUGGGAAAAUAGACGAUCGGCUGGAAAGGCUAAAAAGAUGGUUCAUGAUGAUGAUAAUGAUGAUACUUUGAAUAAAGAAACAGAAUCCGGAUCAAAAUGUGAGAGUUUUAGUGAUAUGGGUCUUGUGUUUGGUUGUAAUGGUAAUGGUUUGGCUUCGAAUUCAAAUGCCGAUAAGAGAGAAUGUAGCAACUUUGCCAAGAAAGCGGGCUGUGAUGAUAGUGGACAGAUCAAAUUUGGAGAGUGCGGUAGGACUUUUAUAUUUAGAACUUAUCAUGAGGUUGAGGUUGAUUUGGAUUCUGCCAAUUUGAAUUCAGAAAAGGGAGACUCAACUAAGAGUGUGAAGAAAUCAGAAUUUAGUAAAACUGGUGAGACAGAGACUAGUUUGCUGUUUGGCUCUCAAUCCAGUGAUUCUAAGUCUACUAAAAAUUUGCACAAUGGGAAAUUUGCUGAAAAUUUUGGGCAGUCAGCCUGUUAUGGCAGUGCCAAGACGGAAAUUGGUAAGGAAGCUGAGCUUAAGAAGAACGAUGAAUCUGUUUUUGUUUUUGGUGCCAGUUGGUCUAACUCUGAAGCAAAUUCGUGUGAGGAAAAGAGUCAAUCCAGUGAAAAUCUUGGAAAGCCGGCUUGUAAUGUGCGGAGGAAGAUGAAAGUGGGGAGAGAAAGAAGAUUUCCGAAAAUGAAAGGUAAAGCUAAUGUAAAUUAUAGCUUGGGUAAGGAUAAUGAUAUUAGGUCUUUUUUUUAUGGAAGCAGUACUAAAACAGCUUCCACUUCGUCUGGGUGCACUGCAGCAGCGAAGUGUGAAGAUGGAAUGAAGGCAAGUAGUGAAAUCUUAAGAAAUUGCAGCGGCAAUGCAAAUAAUCAAAUUGAUAAUAUUUGUUCAUGUAUAUUUGAUAGUAGUGAUGAGAUGGUUAGUGUUUCUAGUGCAGCUUCAGUACAUAACCUUCCUGAUGAGAUGAAGAAACUGAACAUCAAUAAUUCUGUGAAUGUUGAAGGUGCUGACGAAAUUAAAGAAUCGUUAAACAAUGCUAAUGGAUGUUCAGAAACCAGUGGGGGUAAUUCAAAAGGAGGUUCUGUGCAUGUCGAAAUGACUAGUGGGGGUAAUUCUGAAACCAUUGGCCAAUACCACUUUAUAUUUAGAAAUGAUGGUAAUGCGGCUGAUGCCUCUGGAAUUCCUAUUUCUGAACCAUUUCGGACAGGACUUGGCGAGAAUGUUGAUGUUGGCCAGUGUCGUCAAUUUCAAGCAGCUUCUGCUCCAUCUUCUUUCUCAUCGGCUGGUCUUGAGUUCCAGCCUAGUGCUUCCAACGCAGAUUUUGUUGGGGGAGUGAAAGACAAGGAUAAGAAGUUUACCUGGUCUACGGAUGGUUUGAGGAUUCCCUAUGUGGAUUUCAUGGCGUCACUUUGUGAUCCUUCCAGACUGAAGGAUAAUCUGUUUCCUGAUUUAAAUAAAAAAUCAGAAUGCGGUGUAAAGAACAGUACAAUUAAGGGAAAAAGAUUAAGGAAAACAAAGGGAAAGUUGAAGAAAUCUUUAGGUAAGCAAUGGCCUGUAAGUGAUCAAGUCCCUAAGGAAAGCAGUUCACAAGAAAAUCAAGACUCUCCUGGAUGCUACUCUCCCAUGGAUUUAUCUCCUUACCAGGAAACCAAUGUUUCUGAUCAAGACUCGAGGAAAGCUUCCACUCAUCAAGACAGGACCUGUCCACCUUGUGCCUCAGGUGCGACAGUUCCAGCUGAUCUUAAAGGUGAUGAUUUGGCUAAACCAGGGGAAGGAUUGGAUAGCAAUGGAGGUGGUCACACAUUUAAGGAGCUAAAAGAGGAGAAGCUUGGGUGUCAUGAGGAAAUAUUUUUUAAUCAUAAUUGUUCAUCAAUUUCAGGUGCUGAAUUUACCUACUCUAAUUCCAAAAUGGAGCAGGUCUGUGGUAGCAAUGGUGCUGGUGUGGCUUCAGCAGGAGCUAGAGUUGAUUUUAACUCGGAGACAGAGAAGCAAGAGAAAAAUUCUAGAAUGCAGUUCCAAUUUUCUUCUGGUUUGGAAGAUGUGAAGGGGAGUGAUUUUACUUUUUCUGCAAAAUCUGCAGUACAAGGUGGUCUAUCAGCAGCAGAGCGUCGACAUAAAAGGAAAAAUAGAAAUAAGGUUGGUCAUGAAAGUUUUGUUAUUAAUCCAAGCCCAAACAUUAAGUUUGAAUCCUCAUCUGCACAAUCUUCCCCCUUAAGCACACCUUCACUUUCAGAAGCAGCAAAUAAAUCUGAAGCAGGUGAACAGUUCAAGCAAGGAUACAAUUUUUCCCCAUCUGGAACUCAUGAAACCUGUGAAAAGUGGCGAUUCAGGGGAAACAAAGCUUAUGAAGAUAAAAAUCUUUCAAAAGCUGAGGAGUUUUACACACAGGGGAUUAUUUCUGUACCUUCAAAUGAAAGAUCAGGACGCUGCCUUCAGCCUCUUGUUCUUUGCUAUAGCAACCGUGCAGUAACUCGGAUGUGCCUUGGAAAAAUGAAGGAAGCUAUAGGGGACUGCAUGAUGGCUGUUGCACUAGAUCCAAGCUUUCUCAAAGCUCAACUGAGAGCUGCAAAAUGUCAUCUAGCUCUGGGAGAAGUAGAAGAUGCAAUAAAGUACUUUAAUAAGUGCUUGGAAUCAGGGGCAGAUGUGUGUUUGGAUCGGAGAAUCAUAAUAGAUGCUGCUGACGGCCUACAAAAGGCCCAGAAAGUGGCUGAGUGGACUGAAAUUUCCGCCGAACUUCUGGAACAGAAAAAUCCUGAUGCAGCUCUAAGUGCUUUAGAAAGUAUUUCUGAGGCCUUGUCAAUUAGCUUAUAUUCAGAAAGUUUACUGGAAAUGAAAGCAGAGGCACUUCAUAUGUUGAGGAGGCAUGAAGAGGCAAUUCAGUUGUGUGAGCAGAGCUUAUGUUUUGCAGAAAAGAACUUUAUCUCGGGGAAUGGAGUAACAGAUAUAGAUGGUUCUAGAAGUGACAGCUGCUCACCUGUGAGGCUGUGGAGGUGGUGCCUGACAUCCAAGUCAUACUUUCAUUUGGGAAGACUUGAGGCGGCUCUUGCUUUACUUGAUAAGCUGAUAUUAAUCAAGGACAAGUUUCAAAGUAAGAAUUUGGAAUCAUCAAUUUUGUUGGCUGUCACCAUACGUGAAAUUUUACACCACAAGAAUGCAGGCAAUGAAGCAUUUAAAUCAGGAAGAUAUGCAGAAGCAGUCGAGCAUUAUACUGCUGCUUUAUCUAACAAUGUUGAAUCACGUCCAUUUGUGGCAAUCUGUUUCUGCAAUCGUGCUGCAGCACACCAAGCUCUGGGUCAAAUUGCUGAUGCCAUUGCAGAUUGCAGUCUAGCUAUUGCCCUCGAUGGAAAUUAUGCAAAGGCCAUCUCUAGAAGAGCCACUUUACAUGAGAUGAUUAGAGAUUAUGCACAGGCGGCUACUGACCUCCAAAGACUCAUAUCCAUUCUGAAAAACCGAUGUGAUGACAAGACCAAGGAGUCUUGUACGCCAGGUAGAUCCACUGCCAGUGUCAAAGAAUUAAAGAAAGCUCAAUUGCAGUUGUCAGUGAUGGAAGAAGAAGCUAAGAAAGGAAUCUGCUUGGAUUUUUAUCUCAUUUUGGGAUGUAAACUGUCCGAUACACCUUCUGACAUCAAGAAGGCAUACCGUAAGGCAGCUCUCAAACACCAUCCUGACAAGGCUGGUCAGUUUCUGGCAAGAAGUGAUAGUGGAGAUGAAGGGCGACUCUGGAAGGAAAUCUCCCUGGAAGUCAAGAAGGAUGCAGAUAGGCUUUUCAAAAUGAUUGGAGAGGCAUAUACAGUACUUUCCGACCCUACAAAGCGUUCGGAAUACGAUCUCGAGGAGGACAUGAGAAAAGCCAUGAAGAGAAGCAAUGGAAGCAGCACUCAUAGUAGAGCUGCAGAUUUUCAUAGACGAUCUGAUACUCCCAGGUACCACCAAUAUGAGAGAAAUGCUUAUAGACGGAACGGCAGAGAGAAUUGGAAAACAUAUGGGAAUUCAUCUUCUCGAUGGUAGUAACCAAGAAGUUGCAAGAAGUCGGAAAAGUUGUGACAGUAGUAUCAAUGGCGCGAGUUUCAUCAUUUGGAAUGGAGUUGCCACUAAUUUUGAGGUAUAAUCCAGAGCUGUGUCAAUACUGCAAAAUCCAGUCCAUUAUUUUGUGGAGUAAAGACAGAGUGCAGUGCACAGAAACUACUGGUCUUUUCUUUUGACAAAAUUUUGCCACCUUGAGGAGACAACCCCUCGAAGUGGAACACUAUUACUGCCAAGGUCCGCUCGACUUUAUGUGGCCUUAGGUGAGAAAAAAGAAAAAAUAAAUAAAAUAAACAAAUUUGAAUUGUAAAGUAUUUUGAUAUCAAUAGUAUUUAAUUAAUCUAAUUGUAACAAUAUAUUUUUAUAAGGUUUACUCAUUUUGGCAUUAA